AAAGAAAUUUGUUUUAGUAUAUAAACAUAAAAACUUAUGUAAACAAUCACGGUAUCUAAGGAUGGCUAGAUUUUUUGCGAAUUGAGAAUUCAACAUUAAAAUGUUGAGAGAAUGGAACAAAGCUUUUUAUUGUCAUACACACACACACACACACACAUUUCACUGUAUUUCGAAUCAACAACAACAUCGAAAUUAAAAUCAUGGAAUCAAACAAAAACAUACAUCAUCAGUACAUAUUUAUGUACAAAUUACGUCAGUAUUCAUUACAAUGCUGUUCCUAUCAAUCAUACGAUUUAUUCACAAUUAAUUAAUAAAUACUCCAAGUGACUAUCAUCAUCAUUCUACUAUUCUAUCUUCAUUUUUUUUCACCAUCGAUUGAUCGAUGUUAUCCAUCACCAUACACAUUUAAUCAACGACAAAAGCUCAAAUGCUAACAAGGAUGAUAUUGCAUCUAAUGCAGCUAUAUAUAUAUUAUCGAUUUUAAACAACAUUCAAUAUCUUAUGAUAUUAACCGAUUAGAUUUCAUUUUUUUUAUCAUCGUCAUAGACACACAGAAAAUGCUGAUUAUUCUUUCCACAUUUAAAAAUCAAUUUGCUGAUUAUAUUAAAUAAAUAUAAAUAUCAUAAGUUUAACGAUUUCAUUUCAUCUGGUCACACUUAAAUUUAUGUUUGCAAUAUCAACAAAAGUCAUAUUUUUUUCUCACUUUCAAUCCUCAUCAUCAUCAUCAUCAUCAUCAAAAUCCAUCUAUAUAGUUAGUCAUAAUAAUGGCAAUUUGAUUGAUAACCUGUUACCCGAUAGUGCAUCGUACAACGAUAAUUAAUUCAUUUGCCAUUCGAUCAUCCAUGCACACAUACAAUCUUUCUGCUCUUUCGAUGUACACAGUGUUUUUAAAAUUCAAUAUUCUCAUCGUGACUAAAUAGAAUUUUUUUCGAUUGUUUUUGUUUUAUGAAUGCAAAAUCUCAUCAGAAUAAUUUCGUCAAAUCAUUUUUUUUCGAUUUGAUUGGCUGAAAAAACCGGAAAUUGAUCGUAUCAUUUUGGAUCCGGAAAUAUUCACGUUUGUUGGUGUUUUUCUCGCAGUUUGGUUGAAAUGUUUGUUUUUUUCUAAUUAUUGUUUUGUGUAUUUUAAACCUUGGCAACGGCAACAAAGUCUGACAUAAACAAAGAUGAAUACGUUUUUCUCUACCAUAUAAUAAUAAUGUUCAAGGCCUUAGAAAAUUUCCAUAGAAGUUUAGGACCACAUAUAUUCUAUAUAUAAGGUCGAUCCAUAAGAAAAGUCUUGUUUAUAAAUUUCGUCUUCUGAUUCUUCUAUAUUUUGUAAGCAACUACUACAACAUAUCUCAAACAAACCAACCCAUCGAAUCUGUUUUCGGCAACGAAAAUUGUUAUAUGAGAAGAGAGUCGGUGUCGAGACAUUUCUAUCAUUCGAUCCUUGAAAGAUGAUUGUAAUUCAGUUGGAUCGUCAUUGUCAUCAUCAUCAUUAUUUAACAUAAAUUUUUUAAUAAAAAAAAUUAGCUAAUAAAAUUUAUACAAAAAUGUGGCUGCCAGCAACCUGAUUUCAUGUCAACAGAAUAUUGAAUACAUGUUUAUCCCCGCCAAAAUAAAACUUCAACUCGUAUUUGCUCUACAUACUUUUUUCACCUUAAAAUCAAGAGGUUUUUAAACUGUGUUUUUUGAAUGAUUUUUUGUUAUUUCAUAACCAAACAACGGUAGAAUAAAAAUGUCUACCAAUUUAAUUAUCAAUACGACUGCGGCUAGUAUCGACCAAAUGAAUGAAGACGGCACACUAGAAUGGAUCAUGUCCAAAAUCGAUCAAUUUCCAAUCAAAUUAUCAUUUAUAUUUGCGUGUGCCAUGGUUCUUGGCAGUGUAGUGCCUUAUAUACCACAAUAUUUCACAAUCAAACAAACACAAAAUACUGAAGGUUUUUCUCUAUAUGUUUGUUUGACAUUGUUGAUUGCAAAUAUACUUCGUAUAAUGUUCUGGUUUGGCAAACAUUUUGAAACAGCAUUACUAAUACAAUCAAUAGUCAUGAUAUUGGCCAUGUUCUUUCUUUUGGAACUUUGUGUUCGUGUACGAAAUUCCAAUCUAAUCAUACAACAAAAACGUCGUUAUUUCUCUGAUUCAAAAACAAUAGAAAACACAAUGUUGACAAAAUCAACCGAUGAUACACCACCAAGUUUAAAAAGAUCUAGAUCUCUUGAUGAUUGUCAUAAUAAUAAUAAUAAUAAUAACUAUCUGAAAAAGAAUUCUACAUCAGGAAUAAUUUGUUUGAUGAAGAGUUCCAUAUCACAAACAUUACCAAAAAAUUAUCAUCCACAACAAUUAAAAGAAAAUGACCAUACUACGAUUGAAAUGGAUAAUAACAUAAAUAAUCAACAUUUGAUGAAAAAUCAGUUAAUAGAAUCGGCUUCUCCAAAUUUACGGCGAUCAUCAUUAUCAUCAACAACAACAGCAACAACGAAUGUUAAAAAUACUCAUCAACAAAAAAACAGCCAAAUAUCAUCACAUCAACUGAUGAACCUCUCACCAAAGCAAACAAUUGUAUCUAGUUGCGAUGUUGGUGGUGGUGGUGGUGGUAGUAGUACCACACAUGCAACAACGACAAUUCAUCUUGAACUUGAUGAUGGCUCAAGAUUAUCAUCAAAUCAAAUUAUUGAUUCUAAGAAAAAAAAAUCUAGUCAACAAUUACAAUCAAUUGAACAACAAAAACAACAGCAACGUGAAAAUGAAAUGAUAAUUGUUAAUGAAAAAGGUGACACUAAAUUAGUGUCAUCGAAUGGCCCAUUAAAGCAACUAUUGAUCAAUGAUGAUAUGAUGAUGAUAGAUGAUAAGAAUAAAAAGAAUGGAAAUGAAGAUAAUGAUUUCAAACGAAAACGUUUCAUUGAUUUUGAUCUACGUUAUUUCUGGGAAUGGACUGAUUUUAUGAGCUAUCUUGAAUGUAUGGCCGUUUUCACAUUAGGCGCCGGAUUAUUAUUCUAUUUCUUCAUCGGCGUGCCUUUGAUCGUUGAAGGAUAUGGUCUGGUCGCAUUGGUCACUGAAUCAUUAUUGGCUAGUCCACAAUUUUUUCGCAAUCUUAAAGUUAAAUCAGUCGAAGGAAUGAGCAAAUUGAUGGUGUUUACCUGGUUUCUUGGUGAUCUAUAUAAAACCAUUUAUUUUUUCGUUCGUCAAGCACCAUUUCAAUUUUUACUUUGUGGCUGUACACAAAUUACAUUUGAUUCGUUAAUAUUUUUGCAGAUACUUUGCUAUAAGAAAGCAUCAUAUCGAAAAAUACCAAAAUCACGAUUGAAACAUUUGGAAAACCGUGCCCGGAAACGUUUUAAGGAAAAUAUUCGAUCAAAACAAAUGUUAAAUCUACUAACGACCAUGUCGAAUGCCGAUUCGAAUUGUCCAAAUCCAAUUGUAUCGACUUCCGUACAUCAUCCACAACCAUUAUCGAAAUUAAAUACAAGUGAAUCACUGGAACCAAUAUCACCGAAAGAUUCAAAUUCAUUGAACGAUAAUGUAAUGGAUCCAUUAGAUUUGAUUGAAUUGAAUGGAUAUGAAAAUAAAGGCGCAACAUUCGAUAGCCGUGAUGUUAAAUAUGCAGAUGAUGAUGAUGAUGAUGAUUUUGAAAACAUUAACAUUGAAGAUGGAAAUGAAGAAUUGACAGCUAUCACUCAAAAUAAUCAUGAAUAACAACGAACUAAAUGAUAUGAAUUAUCAUUAUAAUUGCAGACAAAGCAUGUGACAUUGACUGUGAUAUUUAAAAGUUAUGAACAUAAUAGGAUGAAAAUUUUUUCCAAAAUUUCUGACAAAACUCAUUGGGCAAUUAGCAUUGUAGAAUUUUUUUUCUUUCUUUACUUUUCCUGUGUAUUUUAAGUGGUGUUUUUUUGUGGGUUUGAAAUGAACACAUCUCUAGUCAUUUA